AUGAAUUUUCAGCCUGGUAAAGAUAUUCCCCUCAAGCCAGUUGGAGUGCAGAGGCAGGACUCGGGUGUAGUUGGUGUGAGUACAGGGAUUAGAAAUACUGAUAAUGAAGCAACAUUAGAGACGACUUUUCUGCAUACCGAACCUAUAGAAAGUCAGAAGCCCUCGGAAGAACCGACUAAUGGCCUCAAAGCUUACAGCGUUGUCAUAGGAUCGUUCUUAGGACUUAUCGCUAAUUUCGGAGUUCUUAAUUCCAUUGGUGCUAUUGAAUCGUAUGUCAGUCAGCAUCAGUUGAAGGAUAUCGAGACUUCUUCAGUAUCAUGGAUAUUUUCAAUCUAUAUGUAUUUGUCUUUCGCUAUCGGUAUUAUUGUAGGGCCCAUUUUUGUAAUGAAGGGCUCGCUUCCUCCUUUGCUUUACGGUACUGUUCUUAUCGUAGGAGGUUUUAUGGCUACUGCGAAUUGUACUAAAGUUUGGCAAUUCAUCUUGAGUUUUAUUUGCGUAGGAACGGGGCAUGGGUUAUGUAUUACCCCAUUAGUAGGAGUUGUCAGUCAACAUUGGACUGCAAACGCUAUUGGAAGAGCAACUGGUUUUGCCACUAUUGGAGGAUCAAUAGGGGGGGUCAUUUUACCCUUAAUGCUUCGUUCAUUAUUUCCGAAAGUUGGAUUUGCCUGGAGUAUAAGAAUUCUUGGGUUUUUCUGUUUAGUAUGUAUGAUCUGUGCAAUGUGCUUAGCUAGAGAGAAGUAUUGCACCGACUUGAUCCCCAUGGAUUCAGCCUCUACAGAUUUUGAAGAAAUGAACAAAAGGAAGAAAUUUAAAGCAGCAAGUAAGAAUAUGUUAAGCUUUAAUGCACUUCGAGAUAUUAAAUUUUCAUUUCUUAUUAUAGGUGUGUUCUUUGGUGAAUUGGCCCUUAUUUUAAUUGUUACCUAUUAUGCAAGUUAUGCAAUUGCUCAAGGUAUGUCAGAAUCGGCGGCAUAUAUUCUUUUAACUAUAUUCAAUGCAUGCGGUGUUUUAGGCCGUUGGAUUCCUGGCCACAUGGCUGAUAUAUGGGGUCCUUAUAAUGUUAUGAUUUUGAUGUUAUUAUGUCUUGAUUUGUCAAUCAUGGUUAUAUGGCUUCCAUUUGGUUCUAAUAUUGGUGUUUUGUAUGCCUUUGCUGCUUUAUCCGGUGCUUUUUCAGCUAGUAUUUUAUCUCUCUUGCCAGUUCUGUUGUCAUCUGUAACUAUUUAUUCUAUUAAAAAGGUGGACGUAUCCAGACAACAAAAUCCUUUCAUGGAAAGUGAAGUAGAGACAACAGAAGUAAAAUAUCCGUUGGAAUUUGGCCAAAAGUAUGGGUUACUAUAUUUUUUCGUUUCGAUAGGUAAUUUAUUUGGUAUACCAAUUGCAAGUGCUGUUAUUGGUGAUAAAAGCCAACAUAAUUACGACAUGUUCGUACUCUUGGCAGGAAUUUUUGCUAUAAUUGGUACUGUAUUUUGGAUUAUUAGUAGGUACUGUCUUGUUGGAUUUAAAUUAAAUGUAAAAGUAUAA